AUGCAUGGCAACGACCGUCGCCUGCUAGCUGCAGACUGCCCUUGUUUCUUUCUUAUCAGCUUCGAGCUACGCAAGCGUCUGGAUGCCUCGCCCACCCUUUGCCUUCUAACAUUGCGGCCCCAGCUCCACCGCGAUCGCUCUUUUUCGCAGGAGUACGGUACAAUGUUCGUGCUCCAUUUCGCCCUAGUCGGCGUUUUUCUACUUGUAUUGGGACCGCAGGCCGUAUUUUCGCUCUUCAACUCUAUCACGUUUUCAGCCGUCGAGCAGUGCGGUAAUUUUUCCAUCUACUUUUCAGGAGGCAAGUUACCAGCUGCGCUUCCCUUGACAUUGACUGUCGUGCCCUUCGACUCUACCCCAAUUUCCAUCGUUUUACCUGCGUCGGCGUGGGACAACUCAACUGCGACCGGUGCGGCGGUCAACUUCCUUCCUCUCGCUGCGGGUGUCGAGUUUGUAGCAUCCUUGGACGAUGCUCGUGGUGUGGGCACCGGGCUGGUUUCUGAUGUGAUACAGGUGCAGUCAUCGAACGACAGCACAUGUCUGCAUCAGAACGAGACGACAAGACAUUACGUGGUUGGAGACGACUUGCAACAGUGUGCUCCAUUCAAUGUCACGUAUAACUCGACGGUUGACAGUGUGCCGACUAUUCGUGGAUUUGUCCCUCGAGGAGCUUCGUUCGCCGUAAAUCAGACCGAGUCCGACGAUCAGGCGGGUACUGCCAUCUACAUUAUGGACGUCUUCCGCGAAUUGCAGACAGUUCUACUGCUCAGUAACAAUGCAACCGGAUACCGCGAGACGACUGCUCUUCUAGCCAUAGGCGGGGACUCGAUGAGCUCAACCUCGUGCAUCCCGUUGUUUGUGCCGAAUGCGACGACUACCGCAUCAUCUAUGGAAGCAAUCAAGUCGAAAUCUAAGGGUUUGACAAAAGGUGAUAUCAUCGCGAUUGCAGUGGUUCCUGGGACUAUCGCUUUGGCAAUCAUAGUUGUCGUCGCAGUGUUACUCUACCGUCGCCGCAAAGCACGGAUGACCCGCAUGGCGAAUAUGAGGAACGGCUCUUGGGAAAUAGUCGAGUCACCUGAUGUGGAAGGGCCUCCCGUAUCCUUCGCCCGUGGUGAUGCGGAAGACCUUCAAGACCUUCCCUCUUCGACUGCUUGGGACCAAAAGGAGUCACCCCAGCUGUUUACACCAAUGGCAGAUAUUCGUGAGGAUGGCGCAGAUACUGCACGCUUCGUCAAAAACCCGCUGUACACCGACCCAGACAUGAGCUUUGUCUCAAUGUCCUCGUUUUCUCCAUCCAACUCCAUCUCGAGCAGUCUAGUUCUGAGUGUGCACAGUAGCAGCAGUAGCGCGCGGGGGUGCUUGGCCUCGUCCGCUCCUUUCGCCGUCUCGCUCCCAUCAAACCCUAGAGCCUUCCGCCAUUCAGACGGUGUCAAGCGUAGCCUGUCCAGGAGGCGCUCGAGCCGCUCACGCGUAGUGCCCACAUCGCCCACAUCUUCCAUUUCCACAACAGACAUAGAGCACAUCCUUGACAUGGCAACCAUGUAUUCCGCGGACGCGAUCGAAAAUCCCAACCUGCCUCUCCCGCCUCCACUCCCGGUGCAAGAUACGGCACGGACGAGUGCCUACUUUGCAGGUAGACAAUCCAUCCCGGUGUCGUUCAGCUUCAGUGUCGAGCGCGACUCGCUGCAGCAACCCGCGAUGCCCACGCUUCAUCAGCCUACUGGCCCUUCUCCCUUAGCUAAUACGAUUCCGGAGUCCGCUGCCUCUCCCGUGCGCUCUACCCAGUUGGUCACCGUGCACACUAGGCGUGCCAGUACUCCACUGACUUACCGCGAACCUCCCACUGCGCCUCUCCCGACGUCUCCACUUCCGUCGCCGAUGCUAUCACCACUGCAUGGCGGGCUUCGCCCGCCCAAUGACUCAGAUGGAGAUUUGCGACUGUCUACCAGUUCUGCGAUGUACUCGGUGGACUUUGCGCCGGGGACACUGCAGAGCUUCCAGCUGGUCAGUCCGCCGGGCGGCCCGCAGAGGGAUAGCUUGCAAGUAUGA